AUGCCGACUCCCGAAUCCCCUAUGUUUCUGGCUCAGAAGCCGAAGGUCGCCCCCACAUUCGACGGCGUCGACUACGAUGACAACAAAGCAUUCAAGCAGGCACAGGACGCUAUCAUCAGGGAACAAUGGGUUGGAGCUAUGAUGGUGCGCCUCACUGGCGAGGAGCUGGGCAAGUGCUACUUGCGCGAGGGUGUCAACCACCUGGAGAAGUGCGGUCACCUACGAGAGAGGUACCUGCAAUUGCUGAAGGAGAAGAAGGUCACGGGUACUCUGUUCGAACAAACAAACUACAUCACGAAGCAAGGGAACAAGCAAUGA